AUCGUUAUCGGUGACCUACAGGAAGUGGUUUCUGUGGAUGAUUGUCCCGGCUGGAGUGGUGUCGUGCCUGAGAAGCUGCCUCGCGGAUUUCUGCGGCUGGGAAGCGAUCCUGUUUAAAAGCUCCAAAGGCAUUUGUUAAGAAGAGAUGGAUGGAGAAGAGAAAACAUACGGUGGGUGUGAAGGCCCUGAUGCUAUGUAUGUGAAGUUGAUAUCUUCUGAUGGCCAUGAAUUCAUUGUUAAACGAGAGCAUGCACUCACAUCAGGAACAAUAAAGGCAAUGUUGAGUGGCCCAGGGCAGUUUGCUGAAAAUGAAACAAACGAAGUGAAUUUCAGAGAGAUUCCUUCUCACGUCCUAUCUAAAGUAUGCAUGUAUUUCACCUACAAGGUUCGCUACACUAACAGCUCCACAGAGAUUCCUGAAUUUCCAAUUGCACCUGAGAUUGCACUGGAACUGCUGAUGGCUGCAAACUUCUUAGAUUGUUAAAUAGAAUAAAUUAUAAUAAAAAUGUAAACCACC